AUGGAACUUGUCAAGAUAAUCUUCCUAAUCGCAAUAACGAUGGCUUUAUCAACUACCCUAACCAUGAAAACCAUGGUCAUGAAGAUAGAAGAAGGUGGCACAAAGAUGACCACCAAUGGCAUUGUCCAUAAUCAUGAAUUAGAGGAAGUGCCACAUGUCCUACUGCAUUCCAAGAGGGCGAGGAGUCGCUUCCUCGCGGAGAACGAGAAGGAGAGAAACCCUAGGGCCGCCGACCGCUGCCACAAGGACCUCGAGGUGUGCUACACCCUCGCGGGCGGGAAGAACUCGACCUGCUGCAACAACAAGUGCGUGGACUUGCGUACCGACCACCACAACUGCGGCGCGUGCAAGAAGAAGUGCAUGUACACGCAGGCUUGCUGCCGCGGGGAGUGCGUCUACGUGUGGUUCGACAAGAGGCAUUGCGGCGAGUGCAACCAUAGGUGCCACCACGGCAAGUACUGCCUCUAUGGCAUGUGCAGCUAUGCUUGA